CUACACCAUGUCGUUCAAUGGCAUCCGAGAUCUUGAGUCCGAGAAACAACUCUGGUCAGGUCAUUGUCGCGUCUCCAGGGCAUGGUUGGGUGUUAAUGUGACGACUGAUAAAGUCCUGCAUUUCGAUCUCAUCUUGAUGGAUGCCAAGGGAAAUGAUAUAUGGGUGCAUAUCCCACCAGUGCUGCAAGAACACUUCAAACGAUUGCUGCAGGAACAGCAGGUCUACACCAUUAGAAACUUUGAGCUUCACACGACCCAACUGAAAUAUCGCCCCAUUGCCAAUACAUAUAUCAUGUCGUUCUCCCGGAAGAAUACUGUUGAGCAUGUUCCUGAUGUCCCUUCCAUUCCUGCCUUCAAAUUCAAUUUCCUGAAAGCAAGUGAGAUGGCAUCUAAAUUGAACGAUGUGGUCGUCCUCUCAGGCUCAGGCACUACUUAUGUUCUCAAACCUAAGCCUACGUUGUUUUACAGAGGGGAUGUUGUCAAAGUUAUUAUCUGGGGAAGAGUUGUAGCUUACUUUGAUAAGUUGAUCAAACCUGGUGAUGAUGAACAAGUCAUACUGGUUGUAACUGCUGUUUCUGUCAAACCCUUCCUAGGUGAACUUUGCUUUAAUUCUUCGGGUUCAACAGUGUUGUACCCCAACCUUGAUAUCCCAGAAGUAAAGGCUUUCACAACCAGAUAUCGUAUACAGCUUGAUGUUGAAAGCAAUUCUGUGCUAGCUACCUUUAUCAUCUUUGAGUAUGAAGCAAAACGCUUCUUUGGUGUCAGUGGUAAUGACCUUUUCAAUAGGACGGGCCAGAACAAU